CGUGUGGGGAGAGUGAACUACCUUUAGCCUGCUUGGGGGGCCUCUCUGCUUCAGCAGUAGAGGGUAUCCUGAAAAAUAACGCCUUAAUGGCAACUCUAGUUCCGCUGGCUAAGCUGUUAGCUUGUUUUAGUGCUCUGCAGCUGAAAGUUUAGUUUCUGGAAGAGAAGAACAUGGGAGUUUGGAGUUGGCACCUGAAGUGGCAGCAUUCAGGCUGUGGACAAAGGAUUAGGCCUGGUGGAUGCUGUGGAAAAGGCGAGUACUGCUUCACGGAAUGCCUCUAAUCUAUCUCAGCGAGGUCAAGGGUCACCUUGAGGCUUUAAUGAAGGCAAGGCAUCGCACAUUACAUAUCUGAUGACCUGAAACUCGAGGGAAAAACUAAAGUUUCAUCAAACAAACUUCCUACAAUUACUGUGGAGGAAGAAAAAAAUGAGGACCACACACUUGAACAGGAACAACUUUCACUGGCUUGGUGUGCUACAAAACCUUUGAAUUUGGAGAUUUUUUUUAUACAUGACAGCAUUAUUUUCAGUGGGAGAAGCUGCCUUCGUGUUCCAAUCAUUACUUAAAAACAGGGGUGUGAAGCUGUAGCAACUUGGAAACAAGGUGCUGAGUGUGAGUUGGAUUCGCGUCCUCCAGGUGCUGCCUUCUUGCUGUGGCAAAGAGCAGAGCCCCAGGAAAGGAGAAGGACAGGAGCUGAGCUCCUGAAGGACACGCAGAGAGGUUUCUUCUUCAAGAGAACCUGCUGGGAUGGUCCCCUGUCUGGUCCCAGUCAUAACUGCAGUUACGAUCCUACCUUGUUUUUCCCUGGAAUAAAGCUGGAAUGAGCUUGGAUGACUUCCACGAAGAGUCAGGGUCUCCACCAGGAUAUUUGCAAUGUGAAUCAUUUUGAGGACCACCAGUCUGACUGGGAGCAUGAAGAAAAGCAGUGGAAUUUGUAUCUGUUAUUUCAGGUUGUAGCUCCUGCAGUGUGGGAAAUAAACCAUGGAUCUAUGAUAUCCCUCUGCCUUGUGGGGAUUUCAAUAAAAUGAGCACGGCCAUUCCAGUUCAAGGACUUUCUGGACAGGAAAAACAAGGAGAGAAGAAUUGGGUGAGGCUGGAAAUCCGUGUUGUCGACCAGCAUGGAAUCAUCUCUUGGGAACAGAAAUGCUGUGCUCCUGUGGAGGAAAAUGAUGGUGUUUCCCUGGCCAGACCUGAGAUCUUACAAUGAGAUGCUAUUUCUGAGCUGAGAAAACCACAUGAAGGGAAUAUUUUUUUCCACUAAAACAGACAGUUUAAUGCUGUCCUAAAAACCCUCACUGGGUUUUUGAUGGCUUUCUUCAUUAUUUUGGGAUUCAAUCAGAAGAGAUUUAUGGGGCAAAGAAUCAGUCUACUGACAUGGAAUAAGGAUUGGAGUCAACCUGAGGAAAGACAUUAAGGUCUGGAAAGCCCGAGCACCUGGGCAAAGCUGGGUAAGCUUCACCUGACCUGGGGAAGAAAUGGAAAUCUGCAAGUGAUCUACAUCUGCUGUCUGGGGACAGGCUACAACUUCCUUGCAUCUAGACGUGAAUUUGCAGUGAAACUGUAAAUUUUCUGUUUACUGAAUCACUGUCUACAGUGAUACCUUUUGGGAUUUGAGAUAAAAGAACUGUCAAAGACAGGGAUGUAAAGUUAUUCUUUUUCUUCCGUGGCUUCAAAACUCUGGUAUGUGGAGGGGAGACCCUGUUAGAUUUAUAAUGCUCCUAGCUGAGGGAGGAAAGGAGGUGAAAAUAAAUAUUUUUUUUAAUAUGAAUCCUCAGACAUUAGGAUACAUUGAGCCAAGCCCAAAAUAAUGCAGGUGGGGGUUUGUUUGACGACAGUAUCUUCCAUUAUAAUGCAAUAAUUUUUUUUAUGCUUUUUGUAUAUUUUGCAAUCUGAAAGUGCCCGUAUAAGUAGUAGACAGUAGUAGUAACCACUAUUAAAGCACAAGUGCAUUUUGCCAUAUGUAGUAAUUCUGAAAUUUCUUUACAAUCUUAGGCACAGCCUUUCCCAAUGUGCGCUCAAAGAUAAUAUAAAGGGUUCUGUAGAAGGCUCAAUGCAAUGCCACUUAUCUGCAGAAACAUAUGAAAAAUGGUGCAAUAACAGGUAAAAUCUUGAAAUAGAGUUGGAGGUGCCAUAAAUCCUGCAGGAUCUCCUCUGGUGUAGAACACGGGACAGGCAGCUCUCUUGCCUCUUGGAGGGUAUGAGCUGCCAAGCAUUUGCUUCCUCAGACACCUUUGUGCCCUUGAAUUCUGACUCUUCUCCCUCUCUGCCUCUGAUAAUGCAUCACAGCGCUGCAGAGUGCCUGCAGGUCUCCAACCAUGCCACCAAUGUUGUGUCUACAGUCCCAUCUGUUUUCUCUUUGCUCCCAACUCGUGCGUGUUCACGCGUCGGCUUUGCCACGACAAUGCCGGGACACCUUUGGCCAGGCCUUCACUACUCCGUGCCCUCCUGUCACUAUGGGAAUCAGCCUUCCACCUACGGGGUGAUGGCAGGCAUCAAGCCUGCAACUCCAGAGAUGCUCUCAGCAAGCCUCUCCCAGACUCGCAUCUUACAGACAUGCAGCAUGCCCCACGCCAACGUGGUAAACGGUGUCAGCGCCUUGCAAAGUGGUCUGACCCCAUGCCUGUACAAAUUCCCGGAGCACGCGCUGAGUGCCGGCUCCUGUGCCCUGGGCCACGGCUUCGCUCCCGUGCCUCAGCCCCUCCUCACAGAUGAUCCCACUGCCACGGAAUUCAAGCAGGAGUUCCGAAGGAAAAGCAAGUCUGUGGAGGACCCCGUGGACAUGGACUCCCCUGAAAUCAGGGAGCUGGAGAAAUUUGCCAACGAGUUCAAACUACGGAGAAUCAAGCUGGGUUAUACACAAACCAACGUUGGAGAAGCGCUGGCUGCUGUGCACGGCUCUGAGUUCAGCCAGACCACGAUUUGCCGGUUUGAGAACUUGCAGCUGAGCUUCAAGAACGCGUGCAAACUGAAAUCCAUCCUGUCCAAGUGGCUGGAGGAAGCAGAACAAGUGGGAGCUUUGUACAAUGAAAAAGUUGGAGUGAAUGAACGGAAGAGGAAGCGCAGAACCACCAUAAGCAUUGCUGCCAAAGAAGCCCUAGAGAGGCACUUUGGAGAACAAAGUAAGCCGUCUUCUCAGGAAAUUAUGAGGAUGGCUGAGGGGCUCAAUCUUGAGAAAGAAGUCGUGAGAGUUUGGUUUUGCAACAGAAGACAAAGGGAAAAAAGAGUGAAGACCAGUUUGCACCAGAACGCUUUCAGUUCUAUUAUCAAGGAGCACCAUGAAUGCCGGUGA